GGUGAAGUUUAGUUUAUAGUUAACCUGUCGGCCGUGGAGUUAAUCUUUUUAGUUAAUCUUCUCCGGAACUUCUCCGGAGCUUCAUAUCGCAGCCUCCGGUCGUCGGUGGCGCCACUCUCCCUCUCUCUGCUCGGCCUCCAGUCCCGAACCCGUGCGUGGAGAUGAAGGUGUCGGUGGUGUUGAAGAAGCUGUGGUCCGUUCACAAACAGCUGGUGCUGCUGCUCACUCCGCUCAUCUUCCUGCCGCUGCUCUUCACUCUGCCCGAGGAGCCAGACCAGACACGUGAAUUUUUUUUUUUUACACCGAGGCGGCGGCGUCACCUCGACUCGUUGGAAGCCACCAAUGAAAACUCCAGGACCCGGUUUGGAUCCAGUGAAGGUCAAAUGUUGUUAAACUGUGACCUGACUUCACACAGAAACGGUCAGUGUACGGUGAAGCUGCAGCCUCUGCCCUGUGAGCCGUCCGAAAAACAAAUACUGUCGGUGGAAAGCCAGGAGGGGGCGCUCCAGGCCGAUGUGCGGUCGGCCGAGGAGAUCCGAUCCGAGGCGGAAUACCAGCUGAAUGUGUGGAAAGGAUUCCUCAUCUGUAUUCCCUACUCGUCCAGUAUCGGCGGGACGGCGACGCUCACCGGUACGGCCCCCAACCUCAUCAUGAUUGGUCAGCUGAAAAGCUACUUCCCAGACUGUGACAUCAUCAACUUCGGCUCCUGGUUCGCCUUCGCCUUCCCUCUGAUGGUCAUCUUCCUGUUCGUGGGAUGGCUGUGGAUCGCGUAUCUCUAUGGAGGACUGAACACACGACUGUGCUUCAAGAGGCAGGACCACAGAGCGCAGGCCGAGGCCAGAGCCAGGGCCAUGAUCGAGGAGGACUACAGGAAACUAGGGCCCAUAAACUUUGCUCAAGGAUCCAUCGCUUUCUUUUUCGUCCUGUUCUCUGUCCUCCUCUUCACGCGGGAUCCAAAGUUUGUCACCGGCUGGUCGGUGUUCUUCAAGAAGGGGUACGUCUCGGACGCCGUCACAGGUGUGAUCAUCGUCUCCGUGUUGUUCUUCUUCCCCUCGCAGAAACCUUCCCUGCGCUGGUGGCUCGACCCUAAAGCCUCAAACACUCCGUACGUCCCUCUGUUGUCAUGGAAGAAAGCCCAGGACUCUGUUCCCUGGAACAUUAUUCUCCUGCUCGGAGGCGGCUUCGCUAUGGCCAAGGCUUGUGAGGAGUCCGGCCUGGCCUCCUGGAUCGGGGGCCACCUCCAACCUUUGGCCGAGGUCCCCCCCGCCGCAGCUGUGAUGCUGAUCACGGCGUUCCUGGCCACGUUCACCGAGUUCGCCAGCAACACGGCCACCAUUAUUAUAUUUCUGCCCGUCAUCGCCGAGCUGGCGAUCCGCGUCUCGGUCCACCCUCUGUACUUCAUGAUCCCGGCCUCCGUGGCGUGUUCGUACGCCUUCAUGCUGCCGGUGUCCACGCCCCCCAACUCCAUCGCCUUCGCGUCGGGACACUUGAUGGUCAAAGACAUGGUGAAGACCGGUUUUGUCAUGAACAUCCUGGGGGUGCUCUCUAUCUCCCUGGCCAUGAACACAUGGGGGGUCGCCAUGUUUGACCUCAACACAUAUCCAGAGUGGGCCCUCCCCAUCAACAAGACAGCGCCCCCUGUCCAUCCACUGAAUGCUACCAUCUGAUGUGGGGGGGGGGGGGCCCCCCGCGGGGAA